UUGGUGGGAUGGAAGAUGACACACUCGCCGCCAUGCAACAAGCAAGCUGAAAACUCUCCAUUGCUACUCUAUCGGCACUUUGAAGGGAGGAGGAAGGAGAAAGUGAAAAGGGAACUAGGACGCUCCACGCCACUCGGGUUGAACGCGUCACUCUAUAAUUAUUUAUACGUCUAUGGUGGCGGCAACCAAAGCGUCGCGGGGGAUGGAAGGCGUGACGCGCCUCCUCGGGAGGAAGGCGGAGCACGUGACUCCUCCGUCGCAUCGGCUCAGCCUAUCAGCGCCGAGGAGCCGCUUCCACGGGUCCCUUUCGCCGACAAGAUGGCGGCCGUAGCAGCGAAUUCCCCUCAGAGCGCCGCGACUCCCUCGCCGCCGCCUCCGCCUCCUCCCGCGGCUGCUUCCCCGCCCGUAGCUGCCUCCACUGCCGCCGCCGCUGUUUUGUCGGCGCCCCCCGCGGCUCCAGCUCCGGUUCCCCUUCAGGCCCAACCCGCGCCGGCCCCGACUCCGGCCCCUGCCCCGCCGCCGGCUUUGGCGGCGCCUUUUCCCGGCGGCCGCGCGGUCCGGAUCCAUCCGGUGGUGCUCGCUUCCAUCGUGGACAGCUUCGAGCGGCGGAACGAGGGGGCCGCCCGGGUCAUCGGGACGCUGCUCGGCACCAUUGACAAGCAUUCAGUAGAAGUCACCAACUGCUUCUCAGUGCCUCACAAUGAGUCAGAAGAUGAGGUGGCAGUUGACAUGGAAUUUGCCAAGAAUAUGUAUGAACUGCACAAGAAAGUUUCUCCCAGUGAGGUUAUUCUGGGAUGGUAUGCAACAGGGCAUGACAUCACAGAACACUCUGUCUUGAUUCACGAAUAUUACAGUCGAGAAGCACACAAUCCAAUUCACCUCACGGUGGACACCAGUCUACAAAAUGGGCGCAUGAGCAUUAAGGCCUAUAUCAGUACUGCAAUGGGAGUCCCUGGUAAGACUAUGGGAGUAAUGUUCACUCCGCUCACAGUGAAGUAUACUUACUAUGACACAGAACGGAUAGGUGUUGAUCUCGUCAUGAAGACUUGCUUCAGUCCAAAUCGAGUGAUCAGUUUAUCCAGUGACCUUCAGCAAGUGGGAGCUGCUUCUGCUCGGAUUCAGGAUACCCUGAGCACGGUUCUGCAGUAUGCCGAAGAUGUGCUGUCUGGUAAGGUGACUGCUGACAACACUGUUGGCCGCUUCCUGAUGGACCUCAUCACCCAGGUUCCAAAGAUUUCGCCAGAGGACUUUGAGACAAUGUUGAACAGCAAUAUCAACGACCUGCUGAUGGUGACUUACUUGGCAAAUCUCACACAGUCACAGAUUGCACUCAAUGAAAAAAUCCUAAACCUGUAAUUAACUCCUAACCAUCUUAUUAGAGGAGAAGGUGAAGAAAACUAUGGAGUUGUAACCUUGUCAUUCAGUUCUUAUAAUUGGACUAUAACUUUUGAAAUGACUGAUAACUAAACUCUCAACUUUAUCCUGGCCCCUCUUUCCAACCCUUGAAAAACCGCACCCCCCAAAAAACAGGAUCACAAAGAGGAAGACAAUAAUUAAAAAUAAGCUAGCAACUCCCAAGCUGCUUGCCUAUUCAUGUUUAGAUCUUAAGAAUAAGAAUAAUUUAUUAUUGGCCAAGUACAUUUUCCAACAUACUUGGAAUUUGUUUCGGCUACAUUGCAAUGUAAACAUACACACACUGUUCCACUCACAAUACAAAUAAGCAAAGAAACCCACCCAUAAUUGACCUCCCCUUCAGCUACACAUCUACAAAUUUAACAAUUUAAUGGCACAAGGGAAAAAACUGUUCCUGUGCCUGGCCGAUUUUGUAUAUGAAGACCUGUAGCGACGUCCAGAUGAGAGUAAAUCUAGCAGAUGAUGUCUGGGAUAUAAAGGAUCUGCUGCAAUUCUCUCUGCUCUCUUCUUAACUCUGGUAGCAUAGAUUGUCUCUAUUGUAGGCAAGCUAGCACCAAUUGCCCUUUCUGCAAUUCUUACAGCUCGUUGGAGCCUUUUCUUGUAUGUCUUGGAGGCUGUGCCAUAUCAAGCAGUAAUAGAAUUACAGAGAACAGUUUCAAUAAUGCUUCUGUAAAAUUGGAUCAACACUUCCUGGGGCAAUUUAAAUUUCCUUAGUUGAUGCAGGAAAUACAACCUCUGGUGGACCUUUUUAAUAAUACUAUUGAUGUUGCUUGACCAGUUUAACUUUUGAGAAAUUAUAGAGCCCAGGAACUUAAAGGACUCCUCUACUACUACAACCAUGUUACCAAGGAUGGAAAUUGACAGUAAUAACCAACUGAGUAAAAUCCCAUCAUUUUUAAUUCAUUUUUUGACAAAUAUGUUCUUAAACUCAUCACCUCAGGGCAGAAGAAGAACAACCUAAUAAUACAUACCACAAACAUUUCAAAAACAAACUACAUAAAAUAUUGCUGAUCUUUGAAACCUU